UCAAUCACAUAAAAAUUUCUAAUCCUGAAAGUACAAAAACCCCUGAAAUUUCUCAUCCACCAUAUCUGAACCAGAACUCAAGAAUUAGCCCCUAAAUUCUCUCACGGUCCAUUUGGUUCGAGCUUUUGCGUCUCGUACCGAUUGCUUCGCUAUGGAUUCCGGAUCAAGUGGCGAGGAACCCACUUCUUGGGAAGAUCUUUGCAGUAUCAAUUUGAUGCCCUCGGAAUUGUUUUUGAAGUUUCGUAAAGAGUUGCGCGGCUUUCGAGUCGGUAUAAAUUUGGAGUUCUAUAAUGCUCCAUGUAAUGAAUAUGAAGCCAAGCUUGUGGUGAAGCCAUUAUAUCCGGAGCAGCGAUGGAAGUUUAUCUAUGAGCCAAUCCGUCAAGAUAUACGCCUUCUAUCCAAAAAGAUUCCUGUUACCAGAUUUCUAAAUCUUCAGGUCGGUAUCGGGCAUAAUUUUCAGAUGCACGCCACGGGUUGGAAAUGGAAGCUAACGACAUGUUUGGGUGGAGACGGUGUAUCUCGCAUACGGAACAAGUCAUUGAUUAGCCCAUUCCGGGGAUUGGAUUUCCGUUUCGGAUGGAGGGCAGAUUACGUGCUUCCUGAAAUUACAGGGUCUCUAGGCACCGGCGAAGCGUUGUUUAACAUGAACUCGGGAAAGCUGGAAGCGUCACUUGAUAGAAUUGAGGCCAUUGUCACUCACAGUGAUGAAGGUUGUGAUGGAUAAUACAACCCAAGAAUUUGUGAGCUCCAACAUCACUCAUUGUGAACUUGGAAAGGAUGGCAAAAUUGUUCUGUCAUUAACCCUCUUCAAUAUGCUUUUACAAGUAGCUUUAGAUUUGGAGCUUCUCUCUCUCUCUCCCUCUCUCUCCCUCUCCAAUUUUGUUUUUCUAGUUCACUUUAUUUGUACAUUUGAAAAUCAAUCAAGGCUGGAAAUUUUGUUGGCCUUUCAAAGGA